AUGCCGUCGCCUUCAUGAAUAGUACAAAAAUACUAAUUUUUCGCGCAUUUCUUCAAGCUUUCCCUUGUCUUCGUAACUGUUUGGCAGCUAUACUUCCCGAAAAUUAAUUUUCGACCGCGUGACAUGUGAUCAACUAGAUACCUGUCGUCUCUUUGUUUUGAUUACAAAAAUCAAAACAUGCUCUCAGCAAAGGAAUUGUCUGCUGGCAUGCAGAAAAACCAAGGCCAGACAGACCCGCUUAAGCGAGGACAAAAGCUAAACACUCCUUCAGGUACAUGGUCGGAGGAAAACGAGGUAGAAAGAUGCAGAAGCGACUUGGUCACCUUGCUCAGCGCCCAGAGAAUUGAAAAGAAGAGUCUUCGGUCUGUGGCGGAAUGGGUGCCGGCAAAGGGUCUGGCGAUGGUCACACGGAAGCAGGGAAGAUGCUGGACCACCUUUGGCGUUGAGCUGGGCAAACUGCUCUGGCUGAGGCCUGAAGAGGCCCUGUUCCUCAUGGAAACAAACACAUUGGAGCUGCAAUUCGGUGGGGUGUCUUUGAGUGUUCAGCAGGCUCACAACCUGAUCCUGAGCUCUAGUCUGCAUCUGUCUCACUACCAGGUGUAUUCAAAGCUGCAGCGGUUAGGGUGGGUUGUCCUUCCGCGCUGCAGACAGACACCAGAACCGCCACCGCUGAUCCCAGCCAAAGCAGAGGCUCCGAAGGUUGAAGUCAUAGACCUGGACGCUGAGGACGAGUCCGGCAGGUGCAAGGCUUUCGAGCGGUAUGUGCCCAACAUCCUCAACCAAAAGCAGUGGGUGGUGCGUGUGGCCCCUGCUCACCUGCUGCCGCCCAACAUAAAUCCUUCAAGGCAAGAGUACCUGCUGCGUUUUGGCGGCGAUCCCCAACAGAUGCCAUCUUUACUUGGCAGACUGGGACCACCGCCACUCAACUCGCAGAUCUUCCACCCCAGACAGCCUCAGCAACAACUCACGUUUAGCUUGCAACAGACACAAUUUAGAGGAAGCUAUUUCCAUGCUCAAAGGUUUGAGUUGCAAGUGCAGAGUCAGGCGUUAAUGCACCAGCAGGGGCCGCGGCACUGGCACCCCCGGCCGCGGUGGCCGCAACAACACCACCAGCCACGGGGGAGGCACAACAACAACAACCGUCGACGCCAGCGGAAGCAGCCCAGAGACGAAAUCCCUCACUACGAGAGAGCGAGUGCGCCGAGCGGAGGCCGUGGCCAGCAGAGACCCAGGUUUAAGAACUGGACUGAGCUGAAGGCCAAGAAGGGCGCCGUAGAGACCAUAACUUUGGAGCCGGACGAGGAGAGAUUGAACGAGUGCGGCCUCCUCCAACCAGACCACUGCAAAAGCUACAAAACGGUGCUGAGCAAACUACAGAUAUUCCGCAGUGCCAGUCCAGCUGCAGCAGACAGGAGCAGAAAACUGGAGCUAAAAUACGACGUCUACAUGCCUUCAGCUCACUUCAGAAAGUCGGCUCCUCCAACUCCAGUUUGCCACAUCGCUAUUCUAAGUCAGCACGACGAAGUGCCAAGCGAGGCCGAGUUGAAUCUGGCAGAGGAUGGAAAAGAAGCACCGAUUGUCUUCGCUGUUGUGUUGCUGGACUCAAUUCAAUUCAUCAGCCUUUCUGGUGUUGAUCUCAAACUCGUCUCGUGAUUAUAACUCAAGAAAUAAUUGCCUUACAUUUUAAUACUUUUAUUGCAAUCAACAUGGAUUUGUAAUUUAAAUAAAAUCGCAACUUCUUCAGUU